UACUGUCAAUUUCAUCACGUUGAACCCGUAUUUUGCUUUUUUAGCAUGUUUUUCAUCAAAAUUUAAGACAAAAUGUUACAAAGAACUUACAGACAGUUGAUUUCACGUCGAUUUCUGAGCACCUCAUCCAUUGUCUUGUGCAAUAAAAAUGUCGUUCAACGCGAACCAAUCAUCACAUGCAAACGCCCUGAAUUCGAUUUGUACUCUGACGAUAAAAUACCGGGCAACAAAAGUUUCAAAUCCAUCCCGUUAGCAUCUGAAAAAUGGACUCAUCCGAAAUCCGCGUCUGCAGGAGAUUUUUUCAUCAUUCAUCCGCACAAGCCACGAACGCCUUAUGAAGACAGCAAUUUUGAAAAAUGGGGCGCAGAAUUCAAGAAAUUCGACUUUGACGAGAUUCUUUUGGAGAAUUUGGCGAACAACGAGUUGUCCCGAUCGACAUGGGUGCAAAAUCAAGCAAUUCCCUUAAUUUUAAACAAUCAACAUGUUUUAAUCGCUGCAGAAACGGGCUGUGGGAAAACUUUGGCGUACCUUUUGCCGUUGAUACAGCGUUUAAUAAAGACCAAAGAACGACUUGGCGAGCGACCUUUUAACUCUCCUUUGUUAUUAUUGCUGACACCGGGCCGAGAACUCGCGGAACAGAUCGAAACUGUGGCACGAGAAAUGACAAAAGGCACAGAUUUGAAAGUCAAACUCAUUUUAGGCGGACACACGAAGCAGUUAAUGAUGAAUCCAACGUUUGAGGACAUGGAUAUACUCAUUGGAUCGGUAGGAGGUAUCAGUAAGUUGACAACUAGCAAGAUUUUGCGGAUGAAUCAUUGUCGUCAUGUGGUUCUCGAUGAAGCUGAUACCCUAUUGGACGAUAGUUUUUUGAAUAAAAUGCAAUGGUUCCUCAAUAAAUUUCCGUUCCACAAAAACCACUUACAAGACCUCAGUGACCAAAUUAUCGGAUGUCAGUUGAUUCUCGCCUCCGCUACGAUGCCCCAUAAUACGAACGAAGUCCUCCAAAGUGUCAUAAAUCCCGAAACAAUUGUCCGUGUCGUGUCGCCCAACUUGCAUCGCUUGAUGACACACGUCCCACAACGCUUUUUGCGCAUCAGUAAAAUGAAUCGUUCGCCCCAACUGCUGUCCAUUGUCAAAUCUGACCUCAAAUCCGGGCGUCCCGUGAUGAUUUUCGCCAACGAAUCUGCCACAAGUGACUACAUCAGCAUUUUUCUCAACAACAACGGUAUUAAUUGCAUCAAUCUCCAUGGGCAGAUGCUCCAAAAGAUCCGCGUUGGUCGAUUUCAGCAAUUCCAACAGGGCGAAGUGAACGUUAUUUCAACGACAGAUGUCGCAAGUCGCGGUUUAGACACUACUCGCGUCAAGCACGUCGUGAAUUUCGAUUUUCCCUUUUAUAUUUCGGACUAUAUUCAUCGGUGCGGCAGAGUGGGACGCGUUGGGAGCGCCGAAAAUUGUUACAUAACGAAUUUUGUGUCGAAUGCGGCGACUAUUAACUUGGUGAACAGGAUUGAGCAUGCCGCGAGAACGGGUCAAGAGUUGGAAAAUGUAAAUGCGAACAUCAAAGGACAAAUUCAGGAGAGGAUAAAGAGACAAAUUGAGAAUAUUUCGGCGAGAUAGACGAAAAAAAUAAAAAAAAAAUAGAUUUUUUUGCUAGAAA